AUGGAGAAAGCGAACGUAUUGAACAAGAAUUCCCUGCGUCGAUACGCAAACAAUGAGGAACUGGGAACUGCCCCUUUGAUGCCCCAGAUUGGCAAGAAAUACCAUGCCCCUCUGGCAGUCAUCCACCGAGGAGAUUUACAACGUAUUCUUCUAGACGGCGUUCGGGCCGCAGGCAUCGAAUUGCGCACCAACUCCCGGGUAAUCCGAGCAGCUGAUGACUUUGAGGCCAACGUCCAGCUCGAAUCAGGGGAGUGGAUAUCUGGGGAUGUAGUGGUUGCUGCGGAUGGAAUCAAAUCUGAACUUCGUCACCAGAUUGCAUCCCAUCACGGAGUGACUGACACCUGCCAGCCCACCGGUGAUGCGGCAUACCGCAUUAUGAUCCCGAAGGACAAAAUGCAAGGCGAUCAACGCGCCUUGGAUCUUUUGAACAACAAUGUUGGUAUGCGCUGGAUGGGGCCAGGAGGGCACAUCAUGGCAUACCCUAUCAAGAACAACACCGUUUACAAUAUGGUGCUGCUGCACCCUCAGAAGCAGGGUGCUUCAAAUGAGGAGAGUUGGACUAAUAAAGGAGAUAAGCAAGAGAUGAUCGAAUUUUACCGUAACUGGGAUGACUUAGUGCAAAGUCUCUUGAGCUACGUCCCGGAAGGUGAUGUCAUGGAGUGGACCUUGAACUCACACUUCCCUCUACCCUCGUGGGUUGAAAAUAAGUGUGUCUUGAUGGGUGAUGCUUGUCACCCAAUGCUACCAUAUGUGGCUCAGGGAGCUGCGCAGGCAAUUGAGGAUGCCGGUGUCCUUACGUGCGCUCUGUCCCUGACCAGUUCAGUCCCUACAGCAUUAGCAGUGUACGAGUCAGUACGAAAAGAACGUGCGGAGCGUAUCCAGAAAAGUGCCGCGGUGACGAGGAAAGCGCUGCAUCUACCCGAUGGGGAGGAGCAGCGAAAACGAGACGAAGCCAUCCGAGGAACGGGCAAGAACCCUGAUCUAUGGGCUGAUCCUAGUUGGCAGGACUUUAUGUGGGGGACGGAUGUUAUGAAGGAUACGAUCGAAAAUUGGGACGACAUAGUUGCGCACAGCCAUGGCUAUCAUCCACAUGCGGUGCAGGCAGUAGGAUACUGA